AUGUCGGCUCCAACAAUGCUCACAAAGUUUGAAAGCAAGUCGUCCAGAGCUAAAGGUCUUGCUUUCCACCCUACACGUCCAUGGCUCCUUGUUUCGCUCCAUUCCAGCACAAUUCAAUUAUGGGAUUACCGCAUGGGUACACUGAUCGACCGUUUCGAAGAACACGAUGGCCCUGUUAGAUCCGUGGCUUUCCAUCCUACGCAAAAUAUAUUCGUUAGUGGAGGAGAUGAUUAUAAGAUUCGACUGUGGUCGUUACAGAGCCGGAAGAGCAUUGCUGUGUUGUCAGGGCAUCUUGAUUAUGUUCGAACUGUUGCUUUCCAUCAUGAAUUACCUUGGAUCUUGUCAUGCUCCGACGAUCAGACCAUUCGAAUUUGGAACUGGCAAAACCGAAGCCUCAUCGCUACCUUGACCGGUCACAACCACUAUGUCUGGUGCGCACAAUUCCACCCCAAAGAAGACCUCAUCGUAUCCGCCUCCCUCGACCAGUCUGUUCGCGUUUGGGAUAUCUCCGGCUUGCGCAAGAAACACUCCGCACCGACCUCGAUGAGCAUCGAAGAUCAAAUGGCUAGAGCAAACAGUCAGGCGGACAUGUUCGGUAACACCGAUGCUGUUGUUAAAUUUAUUCUCGAAGGUCACGACCGAGGAGUGAACUUUUGCGCUUUCCACCCAACCCUGCCACUUAUUGUUUCAGCUGGUGAUGAUCGACUAGUUAAGCUAUGGAGAAUGAGUGAUACCAAGGCUUGGGAAGUUGACACUUGUCGCGGACAUUUUCAGAACGCUUCGGCAUGUAUCUUCCACCCUCACCAAGAUCUCAUCCUUUCCGUCGGCGAAGAUAAAACUAUACGUGUCUGGGACCUUAAUAAGCGUACUUCGGUCCAAUCGUUCAAGCGCGACCUCGACCGAUUCUGGAUUAUAGCCGCUCACCCAAAAAUUAAUCUUUUCGCCGCGGGUCACGAUACCGGUGUGAUGGUCUUCAAAUUGGAGAGGGAACGUCCGGCACACACCCUUCACCAGAACCAGCUUUUCUAUGUUACGAAAGAGAAACAAGUGAAAUCAUAUGACUUUACGAAGAACACCGAGUCUCAGCCUCUGCUCUCGCUGCGCAAACUUGGCGCCCCAUGGGUUCCCCUGCGAACAAUUUCAUAUAAUCCCGCCGAGCGUGCAAUCCUGGUGACUACGCCUGCCGAGAACGGCACAUACGAGCUUAUUCAUCUUCCACGGGACGGUACAGGCGCUGUUGAGCCAACAAACUCAUUGCGCGGACAAGGAAACUCGGCUGUAUUUGUUGCCAGGAACCGAUUUGCUGUUUUUAACCAGGCCAAUCAGACGGUCGAUAUCAAAGAUUUGAGCAACUCGACUACAAAAUCAAUUAAAACACCAACCGGUACAACGGACAUUUACUUCGGUGGAUCUGGCGCUCUCCUUUUCAUUACGCCAACAUCUGUCAGCCUGUUUGAUAUCCAGCAGAAGAAGCAAUUGGCCGAACUUGCUGUGUCUGGUGUCAAAUAUGUUGUAUGGUCAAAUGACGGCCUCCAUGCCGCACUCCUCAGCAAACACAAUGUCACCAUUGUGACCAAGAACUUACAACAGUUGAGUUCCAUCCACGAAACUAUCCGCAUCAAGAGCGCUACCUGGGACGAUUCUGGUAUUCUCUAUUACUCCAGCUUGAACCACAUCAAAUUCUCUCUGUUGAACGGUGACAAUGGUAUUAUCCGCACCUUGGACCAAACCGUCUACCUUGUUAAGGUAAAGGGACGAAAUGUAUACUGCCUUGACCGAAACGCGAAACCCCAGAUUUUCGAGAUUGAUCCGACAGAGUUCCGUUUCAAGAGUGCAUUGGUGAAGAGGAACUACGAUGAGAUGCUUCAUCUUAUCAAGACGUCUAGCUUAGUUGGUCAAAGUAUCAUUGCUUAUCUCCAGAAGAAGGGAUACCCGGAGAUUGCUCUUCAGUUCGUUCAAGAUCCUCAGACUCGCUUCGAGCUGGCUAUCGAAUGUGGAAACUUGGAUGUUGCUAUUGAGACAGCCAAGGAGAUUGAUCGACCCAAGCUGUGGAGUCGUCUGGCAACUGAAGCCCUUGCUCACGGUAACCAUCAGACCGUGGAAAUGGGAUAUCAGAAGCAGAGAUUGUUCGACAAGCUGUCAUUCCUGUAUCUCUCCACAGGAGAUCAAGAGAAACUUUCAAGGAUGGCCAAGAUUGCCACUCACCGAAAUGACUUUACUUCGCGCUUCCAGAACGCUAUCUACAGAGGCGAUGUUGAAGAUAGGAUCGAGAUGUUCAAGGAAGUUGAUCUUUAUCCUCUUGCGUACGUUACUGCCAAAGCUCACGGAUUGACCGAAGAAGCGGAGUCUAUCCUUGAAACUUGUGGUCUUACCGAAGAUCAAAUCAAGUUGCCCACCAUUGGCGAAUUCGAACAGACCCCCGUGCCCAUUGUUCCUACUUUCAAGGCCAACUGGCCUACAAAGGCUGCUGGGCACUCUGCUUUCGAGAAGGCGCUUCUUGGUGAAGUUGGCGGAGCCGAGGAAGAGGCUGCUCUGGACAUUGAGGAGGAGGAAGAGGAGGCUGCAGCUGCAGGUCAGGACGUUCUUGAGGAAGAGGAAGAAGAUGUUGCUGGCUGGGACAUGGGUGACGAGAUUGCCGUUGAAGAAGUGAAUGACUUUGUUAGCGUCGAGAACGUAGAUGCUGGGGCAUCAAUUUCAGAAGCCGAUCUCUGGGCUCGGAACUCUCCAUUGGCCGCGGAUCAUGUGGCAGCAGGAUCUUUCGACACGGCCAUGCAGCUCCUCAAUCGUCAAGUGGGAGCUGUGCAAUUUGCUCCUCUUAAGUCGAGAUUCAUGGAGAUUUACACCGCUUCAAGAACAUAUCUUCCUGCUUCCACCGGUCUGCCUCCACUGGUGAACUACGUUCGCAGGACAGUCGAUGAAACAGACUCCCGCAAAGUUCUCCCAAUCAUCCCUCGGGAUCUCGAAACCAUUGCCAGUGUCGAUCUGCAAGAGGGAUAUGCAGCUAUGCGAUCCAAUAAACUCGAAGAGGGUGUUAAGAUCUUCAAACGUAUCUUGCACACACUGCUUGUCAAUGUCGUUUCUUCCGAAAGUGAGGUAGAACAAGCGAAGAAGAUCAUUGCCACUGCCAGAGAAUAUAUCCUCGCGAUGUCCAUUGAGCUUGAACGUCGUGCUACACCUACAGAGAAUCCUGAAGACCUUAAGCGAGCCCUUGAACUUUCCGCUUAUUUUACCAUUCCCAAGCUCGAGGUUGCUCACCGUCAACUAGCCUUGAUGGCCGCUAUGAAGCUGGCUUUCCAGAACAAGAAUUACUCUUCGGCUCUGAGCUUCGCCAACCGCAUGAUUGCCAACGGUGGGUCCGCCAAAUUGCUUGAGCAGGCCAAGAAGAUCAAAGCCCAAUGCGAGCGCAACCCGCACGACAAGAUUGAGGUCGACUUUGACCAAUUCGCCGAUUUUGAGAUUUGUGCCGCGUCAUACACACCCAUCUACAGCGGCUCCCCAAGUGUAUCGGACCCAUACACCGGUGCCAAGUAUCACGAACAAUACAAGGGAACGGUGGACCGCAUUGCAGAGGUUACCGAGAUUGGUGCUCCUGCAAGUGGUCUUCGACUUUUCGUGUCUGGUCUAUAG